GACCUAAACAUCAUUACACAAAAUUUGCUAAGUGUCCACCCUCGGGUGCUUGUCAAUAUCAGUUAACUAUUAUAAUUUUGAUUAUAAUAGUUUCCAAUGUUUCCAUACAUAUAUCUUAUAAUUAAUUUUGGUUAUGAUUCUCUUUGCAGUUAUCACUAGUGUAAAUAUUUUCUCUUUCUAUUUUCGCUCUUCAGCAAAUAUUUAAGAUAAAAGUUACAUACUUUAUUCGUCAUACAGAUUUGAAAUAAAAUUUGUAAGUGUUUCAUAGAUUCAGAGAAAACGAACAAUGUCUUCUAUUGAUUUUGAUCCAUCAAUAAAAUUAUGUCUUAAGUAUUUGCAUUCAAGUGCAACAGACUCCACAGAGCAACUUAGGCUGACUCUUGAUGAACAUAUCCGACAAAUGUUUGGGAGUGCUAAGACUCUCGGAAAUGUUUUGCCAAAAAAAUAUCUUAACGAGGAGAAGAUGGAGUCACCUAGAUUAAAGUCGAAAAUUGACAAGUCUGCAGUAGCUAAAACUGUACCAAUUCCUCAGCAAAGUCCCCAACAAAUUCAGAUACCAGAGAGAGAAAAUGAUGAUGGUUCAGUCAUGGAUGGAGAACUUGCAUUUGAUUUGCUAGAAGAGGAUUUAACUUGUGCAGUCUGUAGACAAAUUGCUGUUCAAGCAGGCAAUCGUUUGGUGGAGUGUGAAAGUUGCCAUGCUCUUUAUCAUCAGGAUUGUCACAAACCAGUCAUAAGUGAUGAUGACAUUGGUUCUGGGUGGCAGUGUGCUACGUGUCUUGCUGCUCAAGGGUUUUCAGCUGAUUAUUCAAGCAAGCCUACAGUGUUGGUGGCUAAAUCUUCACCCAGCCAUGUUACUGAAGCAACAACACCAGUCAAGAUUUCAUCAAGUAGUUCCGCUUCAUCAUCACCCUCUAAGAUUGUGACACCAAACAUAAAUAUUAUAUCAGCUGACAAGAGGAUACAAAUCAUGAAAAAGAAGGCUGCUAAACAGCAUGAGAAGAAAAAGAGUUCAAAAUGAUAAAAAAUAAAGUUAUUGUGCAAAUAUAGAUAUAUAUAACAUAAUAUAUUAUAUUUGUUCAAUAAUUUAAUGCAUUAAAUUUUGCAAUUGUAUAACUGAUCUUCUAGUAUUAGAACCCCUUUUAAUAAUGGUAUGUAUAUCAUAAUAAUUUAUAAAUAAGCAUUUUAAACUGCAAAUAAUAUAUCAAUAAUAAUACUGCAUGUGUCAAGAACGUCUUAUAAGUUUGGGUAGUUAAGAAUUAGAAACAUAAAAAAAUAGAGCAAAUUGUUUUCUUACUGUGCAAAAUAUCUCAAUAGCUAUGGUUUGCUUGUUAGAAAUAUUCUAAAUCUCAAAUGUAACCUAAUAUCAUAAAUCCUCUGAAGCCAUCAGCAGCAAUAAUGUUAUUUUUCAUUGUCAUUCAAAAAAGUGGCUGCCAUUUUUAGUUUUCUUUGUUCUUGCGCUAAUUUGAACUCAAGCUUUAUUAUAUCUGCGCAUGCAUUUAUAGUCCACCUAAUUUCAGACUUUAACAAAAGACUUUCAUCUUGAAUUAAUUUGUUUUAAAGGCAAAUGUCUUAUAUGGCUUUUCUUGAUGUAGGCUAAUGUGUGAGUAAAUAUAAUAUAUGUGCCAAUACUUGGCUAAAGUGUGAAUGCAGCGGCCACCAUGGCGUCAAUGCCAUUUGAUUAGGUGAAAGACCGAUACCGUACAGACCAUCUAUAAUACCAUGUUAAACCGUAUGUAAGUUUACCGUAUGGUAAUGUUUGGGCCAACACACACAACACAUGUGAAAAACAAAUUCCUCUUUUACAAGCUCACAAUAUAUUAUGGUGAUAAACAUCUACAGUCUUCAUAUUAUAUUUGCCAAAGUGUAGAGAAGCUAUAACUCUUAAGAUCUGUCACCCAGAGGUAAUAAUACACUUGACUGAUUAUUAAUUGUGGACCUAAUACAAGAAUUAAAUAAGGUGAUCACUGUUUUAUUUUUGAUUAAAGGCCUUAGACCUUAAUGUCAUUUAAACCCUUAAUUUUAUACAGGUGGAUUUUUGAGUUGGGGCAAUAGGAUAGAUACCUUAAGCACUGUAACUAUAUGAAAAGUUUUAUAGGAGUCCUGUCGCAUCAUUUUUUAUUAUAUUUGUUAAUUUUAGAAUAGAAUAUGAAAAUAAGAUUUAAUAUAUAAGGUUAGUUGAUCGAUCGAUUCAAAUAUAUUUAUAAAAAGGUAGAUUGUUGACAGUUGUAGGUUGAUAUUAUAUUGUUUUUUGCACACUUAGAUAAUUCUUUGGAGAGUUGUUGGUCGUCUAACAAUUGCAAUAACAAGAUUGUGUAAUUAUUAAAAAUAGUGACAAUAUACUUGGAGUGUUUAAUUUUAUCACCGUAUAGUUACUAGAUCUGUUUCUAGCUUUAUAAUAAUGAUUAUUAUGUGUAACAAUAAUUUAUUUCGUUAAAUA